AUGAUGGUCGAGUCUAUAGAACAUGUACCGGGCACGAGGAUACCUGGGGUGGCACCUCGGUAUAAUGAAUACAGAUCCGUGAAUACAUCACCACGGACGGGACCAGUCGCGAGCGGCCAUACUCCAUACCGCGAUAACGCGACACAGUUCAGCGCUACGUACGGCCAGCAGAGAUUCGACCCAUACUACAGCCCUCAAAACGCUUUCACCUCAUCUUCGGCAUUACACCAACCCCAAUCGAGAUAUGAAGUGUAUACCCAGGCAGCACCCCAGGCAACACACCCAUCCUCAGCGCCACUUCGCGCAGUCAACCCUCCGUCUUGGAAUCCAUUGAGUCCACAUUCAGGCAACCUACCAAACGAACUGUCCACCGUGCCUUUUGCGAAUCCACAGUUUUUUAUGAAAGGCACACCAGCACAGUUUCCCAUGAUGUCUCUUACUCCUACGCCUCCAUACAUGGCCGGCCAACAGACGAGUCCAAUGGCAGGACUACCGUCACAACUACCUGGGCUGAUUGAACCGAUGCCCCAAGCUCGGAGACAACGAUCACUGACCCCGCCGAUGAAUGUCCCAAAGGCAACAGAAGCAUACAUGCAACAAGCGCAGGGGCAACCACAACGAUGUCCAAAACGACCAUUAUUGAUCAUUCUCGAUUUAAACGGCACUUUAAUUUGUCGCAAACAUCGGAAAUACCCACCCGUCUUCGUUGAGCGUCACGGUCUAUCUUCGUUCCUUGAUGAGCUGUGCCGCAAUUAUUCCACAAUGAUCUGGACUAGUUCAAAACCACAGACUCUCAAUGCUGUUGCGCAGAAACUGUUUCCUCCCGGGAAGGGUAAACGCAAACUUGUCGCUUGCUGGGGCCGCGACAAAUUCGGAUUGACGCCAAGACAAUACAAUGCGAAGUUGCAGGUGUAUAAGGAGCUGGAGAAAGUCUGGGCCGAUCCUGAGAUCCAAGCAGCACACCCUGGUAACGGGGCUGUACCGCAGAAGGCUGGUGGUGGCAAGUUUGCUAAAAAGAAGGCCAAGGCUAAAGCUACAACUAAACGUCCUCCUGCAGGUCAGCGUUGGGAUCAGACAAAUACUAUCCUCAUCGACGACAGCAAGCUCAAGGCCCUCAGUGAGCCAUACAACAUCUUCGAGAUCCCCGAGUUCACGAACGAUCCCGAUAUUGAUGAGACGACUCUCUUUCGCAGAGUUCUCGCGAGACUGGAGGCACUCGCGCACUAUGACGAUGUCAGCAAAGUGUUCCACGUCUGGGAGAAGCGUCAGAUGUACGAGGAUUGCAAGAUCUUGGAUUUGGAUAUCAGUCCCGAGUUACCAGUACCAGGACGCAUCCCAGUCCUAGCGUCUGAUGCUGAGCUCGAUGAAUCAGAGGAUGGUGGCGCAAAGCUUCCAACUGCCGCUCAACCCCAGCCUCAGGGACAGAAUGGAGGCCCACGUAAAAAGGGUCAACCUGAUCCUCGCACCGAUGAACAGAAGAAAGCAGAUAAGAAGGCCAGAAAGAUAGAGAAAAGGGCGAAGAAACGGGAACAGAAGGCUCAAGCUUUGGCUUUUAACCAGGAUGCGAAUCAGAAUCAGACUGUACCAUCUACCCAAGGAGGUCCUGUUGUCCCUACUGCUGAUCCCAAAGCAUUGUCUGACUCCAUACUUUUGGCAUCCCCAAUACCUGGACCUGGCCAACCCGGCUACCGAAAAGCGCGCAAAGCUCUCAGAAAGACGCAAGUCGCGGAACGAGAGCGGUUGCGGAGAGAAGCACAAGAGCUUCGAGCCGAAACUGCCCAGUUGAUCAAAGAAAACCCCAAUGCCAAUGCCUCAGGAUACAAUACCCGUUCUCAAGUAUCGCUCGUUUCUGAACAUGGGUCCGACGCUGAAGAGGAAUAUGAUCCUGCCGCUCUUCCUGCAAUUGCACCUGUCGUACCUGUUGCUCUUCCUGUCGCUACUACAGUGGAACCCAACAUGACCGCGUCCUCUCCAGCUGCUCCAGCUACAAACCCCGAGGCCUGGAGUGCUAUUCCUCUUGCAAUGGAACAAUCCCCAGUAUCUCAAAUCAGUGCUCGGCAACGAUCAAUUUCUCCAGCUACAUCUGAUGGAUCUGAUGUAUCGAGAAACUCGCUUCUAGACCGAUUGGAGGAGGGACUCGGAUUGAAGAAGUAG